AGAGAGAACGGCAAACAGGUGCUCGCCAAUACGGGUUGUCAAACAAAAAUUUAUGUGUCUUUACAAUAACAUAAAGUAUCGAUAUAUUUUAAAAAGCGGACAAAUUCCGGAUAAUAUUGACCAAUGGUUUAACAUAAGUAAGUCAAGACAGUGUUGUUGUCAAGCAGCUGUGGUGUAGAUAUAUCAGCAUGGCGGCCCAGGCAACAGAGACGGAGAAAACAGAGGAGCAAGUGCAGACACAAGCUAUUGCCAGAAAUGCUCUUAAUUUUAUCGAAAAAUUUGAACGAUAUGAUUGCCAAGAAAUGCUUGGAUAUAUGCAAACUCAUUGGAUGUUAUCUACUGAGGAUUUCAGAUAUCCCACAGAUCCACCAAUGGGGCUUAUUAGCAAUAUAAAUCCCCAAAAUUCAAAUACAUGUGUAAUACUCAUUCCUGAAGAGGACAACGUUCAGCCAUUAGAUUAUCGUGAACUACACCAGAUUGUUCGAGAAUUGACUAUGGGGUUGUUUGUGCUUAACCAGACACCGACGUUGUCACUUGAAGCAAACUUUGACCAGAGUACUACGUGUCAGUUACCUCCGGCGUACCAGGACACGAGGAUCGGACAAAUUAUGAUCAAUGUAGACUAUAUGAUGAAGGCAUUAUGGCAUGGCUGUUAUUUUCCGAAAGAUAAACGAACAAAAUUUUCAGAAAAGUGGCGAUCUAGUCUUGAUGUAAAUGCAAAUGGGAAACCAGAAACGAAGAAAACUUUGAUAACAGAAUUUUUGCGGAGUG